UAUAAACUCUGUGUGACUUCCUCUGAGCUCUGCGGCUCCGGUACACGGGUCCUGUCACAAACCAUUUCACCGCACUCCCCGUUGAUGGGAUUACCGGGAGGGAAGAAAGAGAGAGAGAGAGAAAGAGAGCACGUUGCAGCGCGCCGUGCCAACCCAACACCUGAUCCUGUUCCUCCCCGGUAGUCUGGGGAUAUAACGCCACCGGGUACUGUAGGGAGGGAGGGAGGGCGGACCCGGAGGAUGUGACGUCCUGGCACCGGGGGGGAGAGAGAGAGGAGAUUGUACCAUAUCCAGUAAGUGCUCCUCGUUAACGUUGAUGUUUGGUGAGGAUUAUCCGGGCUGCAGGAUGGACUGAGUGAACGCGAAGGGCGAAGACGCAGAGAGGACCCAGAGCCUUGACCCACCACCACCACCACCCUCCUCCUCCUCCCCUCCUCCAUCAGUCAAACCAUGGAUCUAACUUUCAUCCUGUCCGCUGCCAUCUUCACUCUCCUCGCCAUCGUGGUCGCCACCUCGCUGCUCAACGGAUCCUCGCCCACGGCGGAGUUCGCCAACGCGUAUUUUGGACACCGGGGAGGAGACGCGUCGGCACCGGGAGUAGAUCCGCCGAGGCUGAACGGCCACGUACCGGACGGGAAGAGCAAGAACAACAAGAAGAGCAAGAAGGCGGAGGACGACUGGUGUGAGAUGAGCGGGAGCACACACGACCACUGGGAUGUGGUGAAAUCUGUGCUUUCAGAGGAGGCACAUCCUCAUCCUCACAUUGAAGAACUGGCAACCCCAGUUGAGCACUCCUCCUCCUCCACGUCCAUGAGCUUAGAGACUGAAGGAGCCACAGAGAGCCCGGGGAUCAACGAUAAAGUCGAAUCAAAUGACGGCGAGUGCUUGAAGUACAUCCCCGGAAAGGCGCGAUCCCACCACUUGCAAAUGAUGAUGUCCACAGAGGAACUGCAGGAGGAGCAGAG